GCGGCGUCGCCAGGAGGAGACGAACACGGUUAUCGAUUGUCCUGGUUGCAGCUACUAGAGGGGUCUCCGGUCGACGCGAGAGUGAAGCCAGCCAGCGAGCGAGAAAGAGAGAGAGGAGGCAGUGCGAGUGAACUCGACACCACCUGGGCGGACGAAAAGAAGGUUGCGAUCUCCUGCACUCCAGCCAGGUCGGCCGUUGCUUUCUCGGGCCCUUGUCGGCGCCAGAGUGUCCGUCAUUAUGGCUGCGCCAGGAGCCUGCACCCGAUUCAGUGACAAUUACGAGUUGAAAGAGGAGCUCGGAAAGGGUGCGUUCUCUGUGGUAAGAAGAUGUGUUCAGAAGUCGACUGGCCUGGAGUUUGCGGCAAAAAUCAUAAACACCAAGAAACUCUCGGCGAGAGACUUCCAAAAACUAGAACGUGAGGCCCGAAUUUGUAGGAAGCUGCAACAUCCAAACAUAGUUCGUCUACAUGACAGUAUACAGGAAGAGAAUUUCCAUUACUUAGUAUUUGACUUAGUUACUGGCGGCGAGUUAUUCGAAGAUAUCGUCGCGCGCGAAUUCUACAGUGAAGCGGACGCAUCGCACUGCAUCCAGCAGAUCCUCGAGUCGGUGAACCACUGCCACCAGAAUGGCGUCGUCCACCGCGAUCUCAAACCAGAGAACCUCCUGCUGGCCAGCAAAGCAAAGGGCGCCGCCGUCAAACUGGCCGACUUCGGUCUCGCCAUCGAGGUCUCCGGAGACCAGCAGGCCUGGUUUGGUUUCGCCGGCACACCGGGCUACCUUUCGCCGGAAGUCUUGAAGAAGGAGCCGUACGGAAAACCUGUUGAUAUCUGGGCAUGUGGUGUUAUUUUGUACAUCCUGCUGGUGGGCUACCCUCCCUUCUGGGACGAAGACCAACAUAGGCUGUACGCUCAAAUCAAAGCUGGUGCCUACGACUACCCUUCGCCUGAAUGGGACACAGUGACGCCCGAGGCCAAGAACCUCAUCAACCAAAUGCUGACUGUCAAUCCUGCUAAAAGGAUCACCGCCUCCGAGGCCCUCAAGCACCCAUGGAUUUGCCAACGCGAGCGUGUGGCAUCUGUCGUUCACAGACAAGAGACAGUGGACUGCCUGAAGAAAUUCAAUGCCAGGCGCAAGCUCAAGGGCGCCAUCCUGACGACCAUGUUGGCCACCCGGAACUUCUCCAGUCGAAGCAUCAUCACCAAGAAGGGCGAUGGCUCGCAGGUGAAGGAGUCGACGGACUCGAGCACCACCAUAGAAGAUGAUGACGUGAAAGAGGCUGACAAGAGUCGAGUUGACCGCAGUUCUACAGUCAUCGCUAAAGACCCAGAAGCUUUGUCGUCGUCGCCACCCCCGCAAGCCGCCCCCGCAAAACCCGACCCGCCCGCUAAGACUGCCUCGAUAAACAAGGUGCUGGCCGGUUUCGGCGGCGCCAAAAGUGGCUCGAGCCUCACCAGCCUCAUCCUGCAGUCGGCCCAGCAGGAAAGCAAGCCGGCCCCCGCCGAAAGCGCCCCCGCGGAGGCGGCCGCCGCCGCCUCCAAAUCGCAACAAGAAGACUCAAUGUCAGAACUGCCCCGUUAUCGCACCACAGAUACCGACUUUGGAGAUGAAAUAGACGACAUAAGGAUACUCUGCCCUACCAAGAUUUGCUCCCAGAUUUCGAAUACCUCUCUCAGCUCAGCACGAAAGCAGGAAAUUAUCAAAAUGACGGAGCAGCUAAUAGAGGCGAUCAACAACUCGGACUUUGAGGCUUAUACGAAAAUUUGUGAUCCUCAUCUGACCGCGUUCGAGCCGGAGGCGCUGGGCAACCUCGUCGAGGGCAUGGAUUUCCACAAGUUCUUUUUCGAGAACGGUAUUUGUUUGUUAAGCAAAAACUUCAAGGCGAUCAACACCACAAUCCUGAACCCGCACGUGCACCUGAUCGGAGACGACGGCGCUUGCAUCGCCUAUGUUCGACUAACGCAGUACAUUGACAGGCAGGGACAAGCACACACGCAGCAGUCGGAGGAGACGCGCGUCUGGCACAAGAGGGACGGCAAGUGGCAAAACGUUCAUUUCCACCGUUCGGCGUGCGGCUCGUCGCCGUUCGCGAUUCCCCACAAGUAAGGGGGUAGCAGGUUAAGAAAGAAGGCCAGGUAUUAAAACGGCGACUCCUUUUCCUAAACCUCUAUACAGCGACGAUGGAAUAUCUUAAAAACAGCCGGUUCGAUUUUCUCUUCCCCUGUUGUAAAUUUAGUGCCAUACAUUUAUAUACAUAUGAUAUGAUGACACUGAAAAGUCUUUCUUAAAUGGUGAAAAAAAAAAAAUAACAAA